AUGCUUGUCCCAAUACUUCGCAGCAUAAGAGAGCAGAUAAUGUCAGAGAUAUUUCAGGCAAACAUUGGCAACGACUUCCCCCCAUUGCGGUUCAUAAAUGAAGACUUUGGUCCCCAGAUACAAAGUUUGGAGUCUUUGCUUGAUAAUGGUGAAAUUACAUAUGACCUUCUAUGGGCUUUGAUGAAGCCAGGAGAUUACGUGGCGACCACGCAGUUUAGGCUCAUAGCACAAAGUCAGGCUUUGAGGGUUGUCAGUGGGACUUAUCGUGAAAGACCGAAUGGUACGCGAUAUUUCAACCUAAACGGCCGCAUCAUCUCUCAUGAUGAAAAAGAUUUUGGUUACGGCUUUUUGGACAUCGAAAUAGAUCUAUUCGAUGAUAACUUCCGCGAUAACUUAAUUCAACAAGGGCGCAAGUAUUCGUCCUUGAUACUAGCUCUUCCUCAUGCUAUUUGUCAUGAUUAUACUUUGAGUUAUGGUUUGGAAGAUUAUGAACUUGCAGAUGGAAGAAUGAAGGUUCAGAAGGCUAACUUUCAUGGUCGUGGUAUGGCCGAUCCGGAGGCUUGGAAGUCCAAUAAUCGUUGGUCGAGUCUGAAUCAACCACGUAUCCGGAGAGAAAACCGUAUAACUGGUAAGGGUUUGGAUUCGCGUGAUGAUCAAUUAAUGAUUUGCGCAAACUGGAUCAAUGGCUUCAGUUUGACUCACAAAUGUUGGGGUCAAUUCUCUGUUAAUGGCUUGAAAGAUAUCGUUUGGAAUGAGGAUGCUUUUGAGAAGCUGGUUGUUGAUGAGACUAGACGAAAAUUGAUUCACGCAUUGGUCAGAGAUCACCGACAAGAUGAAGCCUCCUUUGAUGACAUCAUCGAGAAUAAAGGGAAAGGUCUCGUUGGACUGCUCAGCCGUGGUCCUGGUGUUGGAAAAACAUUAACUGCUGAGGCUGUUGCUGAAGUUACCUCCCGUCCCUUGUACCAAGUCAGCACAGGAGAGCUUGGAAUCGCUGCCGAUGAAGUCGAUAGACGUCUAGGUACGAUACUAGAGAUCAGUAGACGAUGGUGUUGUGUUCUACUUAUAGAUGAAGCGGAUGUAUUUCUUGGAGCACGAGGAACCGAUCUUGCUCGCGACACUCUCGGGAUUUUGAUCUUGACCACAAAUCGGAAGUCAGAAAUUGAUCUAGCCUUUCAAAGCUGCAUACACUUCUCUGUCGAAUAUCCUGAUCUCACGGAAUCUAGCCGCGUGUCCGUUUGGACCAACUUCAUCAACACUAUCUCGAAACAAAACGGAACUCUUACUAUCGAUCCAGCUGAUAUCAAGAAACUCGCGAGACUUGAGUUGAAUGGACGACAAAUUAAAAAUGCGAUCUCAUGUGCAGUGUCACUUGCAAGAGAGGGGAAAGAGUCUCUUUCCGUGAACCAUAUUGAGAUGAUAUUGAGCAUCACAAAUUUGUGA